UUGCAGGCUUCCGUUUUCUCUUCUCGCCGGCGGCAGCGGCAGUCACCCACCACCCAGUCUCUCGCCGUUCCCCCUCCAGUCUCCGCCUCUCCGCCGCCCAAACCAAACCCCAAAAAUGGCGUCGCCUCCCUCUCCCCUCGAAGCCAUCGCCCGCCUCCUCGCCGACCUAGCCCGCCGCCGCAGUCACCCCCCUCCCGGAGGCGGCCGCUCCGGUGACUCCCUCGCCGCCUCCGUCUCCUCCCUCGCGGCCGCCCUCAACCCCCACGGCGGCGGCGCCUCCUCCUCCUCCUCGUCCGGGACUAGGGUUCUCGACGCGGUGCUCUCCCUCAUGUGCUUCGAUCCAAUGGAGGUGGAUAGGGCUCGCGUCGAUUGCCUUGUCCGCACCACCGUCUCCGCGCUCUCUGCGUCGGUGUCGUGUCGAGUGGAUCAUAUCGAUGGCGCCGAGAUGCUCACUGUCGGGAGCUCCGUCGCUCCAGGGGAUUGCCGUGAGCUGGUCCACUCGUGCGCUGCCCUCCUGGAGAAACUGGGGGAUCCUGAUGUCGCAGACCACUCCUAUGAUCUCUUGUAUGCAGUUGUGAAAGCGGCAUUGUUAUCCCCUCGUUACCUGUGUCUCUUUCCUUUGCCGUACUAUAGAGAAGAUGAAGAUAGUACCUGUGAUAUGGGGACCAUUUCUUCAGUGUUAACGAGGCAUCCAACUUAUCAAGUGCUUCCUAAUGAUUACACGAUCCCCCUGAGGAUCCUUUUAUGGCAUAUUGAUCCAUCGACUCUAAAACAUGAAUUUUCAGCACUACUACAGGAAGCAAUUAGAAGGCCCUUGCUUUGUCUCAGAAAAGAGUUGCAUGAUCGGAUGGCAUGGCGUGUGCUUGUAAUAUGUUUGGUUUGUUCACCACUUACUUUUAUGGAGAUGAGAUCAUUAUUUCAUACUUGGUUUCUUGUGACGUAAGGGUCUGGGUGCUGUUCUAGAACUUCAAACUGCAGUUGUGUCAUCAGUAUUAGAUGUACUUUUUGAGCCAAUGGCAUGGGGAAUAUCCAUGGAACUGGGGCAGAAACUUCCCUUUUCAUAUGAUUACUUCCCACA